AUGACUGCAAGUAUCUGUGGUUUACCAAAAGCCAAAGUGAACAAAUAUGGUGCUGAGAGAUACCUUGAAAUCACCAAGAAUUAUCAUCUUAUCCUCAUAAAUUUACAACAAGAGGAGGAGGAGGUGGAAUCAGAUGUUCCGGAGUGGGAGUCUCCUUACUUUGUAGAUGAGUCAGCUGGUUCAUCUAACACAAGCAGAAAGAGGGGGGGGGCUACAAAAAGAGGUUUUGGAAGAAAGAAGAGAGGCGCUAGAAGUCAAUCAGGUUCAGGGAAUUCUGGGGGAUUUUCUGACAAAGGAAGCAAAUAUUCAGCCUACAAAUUCUCCAGAGGGUCAUCCAAGAAGGUCCCAAGUGCUGGAAAAAACCAGAGGGGUGGAUCAAGCAGUUCUCGAGGUGGCUCCAGCAGUUCCAGGGGUGGCUUAGGAUUUAUGCCAGUCCCACAACCCAAGCGAUCAUUUCUGGGUGGUGGGGCUGGUACUUACUUUUAAAUAUGAAUGAAAUAAGCAUUUAUUUAUGAAAGUUGGUAUGAAUUAAAUUGUAAAUAAAGCCAUUUAUUAA